AUGGCUCGCCGCGACAGCAAGAGCUGGCGACGGUCGCGCACGCUGUCGACGGCCUUCCUCGACGACGCUCUCCGCGACAACAAGACACCGAUUGCGAGACUCCGCCUGCGCCCGUCGUUCGCCCUGCCAGCGACCGCUCUCGCACUCUGCAUCGUCUUCCUCCUCGUCGGCCGCUCGAACCACCCGCCCGACCCGGCACUCUCGAGAUCCAGUCUUGCGGGACUCGCAGAGCUGGGCGAGCAUCCCAACUUUGACUUUGAUGCGCAUCUGGAACCGGUGAAGCAUAGGGCGGAACUCGAGGAGGAGGAAGAGGUGCAAGUCGCGGAAGAGGGAGGGGAGGAGGCUUUGGCGGACGCCGAAGGGGUGGAGAAUGACGAUGUGGACGACGUCGAGACGGCGACGGACCUCGAAGACGAGAGAGAGUCGGUUGGCUCCGCCCGAACGCAGUCCAACUCGCUCGUCAAGCCGUUCCUCCCUCUCACCUGCGAACCCUGCUCCCCCACCCUCGUCACCUCCGCCUCUUCAUCCUCGAUAUGCGCCAAGUAUCGACCGCCACCUUCUGCCGCUUCCUCCCCUCUCCACCCCGACAUCCUCGACCACUCGAUUCUCUUCGCCGGGACAGGGACAGAAGUCCGACGAGUCUUGAAGCGCGCAAUGCGGAGUGCGCUCUAUGGAUUGAAGCGGCACAAGGAGGGUUCCGAGGGCGAGGUGCAGAAGUUUGAGGGGGAGGAACCGUUUCGGAUCCUAGUUCUCGGCGGAUCAGUCUCGAACUGCCGAGGCGUCGACCAGAAGACCGAGUGCUGGCACGCUCAUGUCUUGCGGUGGUUCCAGCGGACGUUCCCGAUGGAGGGCGACCGCGACCUUGUACCCAGCUCGCCUUCUCGGCUCUUUCCCCCUUCCUCUCGUCCUCGACUACAUGAGCGCGACGCAGCGGAGGAUGGCGACUCGAAGGCAGCUUUUCACCGACUUCGUCUCGCCAAGCGGGCUGCGAAGCGCAAGUCGAGCAAGAAGAAGCCCGGCCGCGCAAAGAGCAGCCACGCCGGUUCUCGACGCCGCCCCUCGACGCAGCUGAUCAACGGCUCGAAAAGCGCGACCGGGUCCGCCUUCUUCGCCUACUGCUUCGAGGAAGAGAUGACCCUCCGGCGGAAGAACCUCGACUGGGGCAAGGGGCCGGACCUCGUUAUUGUCGAGAGCGGGGUGAACGAUGUCUGGCCUGGAGGCGAACAGGCGACACGCGAUUUCGAGAAGUUGCUCAGGACGCUCAGGUCUUUGCCGAGUCAGCCGGCGAUUAUCGCGCUCGAGGCGGCGAGCUUGUUACUCGCUUCGACGACGGCGGCGACGGCGAACGCAGAGUACGACCAUCUCCCCGCCGCGCACUUCUACGACAUCCCCGUCCUCUCCGUCAAGCACGCGCUCUUCGGUCCCGUACACGGCCUCUCGUCCGGCUCUACGUCUGGCACAGCGUUGAAAAAGAUCGACGACCUCUUCCUCCCCGAUCUGCACCACCCAAACGAUCGAGGUCAUGAACUCCUCGCCGAUGUCCUCCUCGCCUACCUCGAAGAGCAGGCCUGUCUCGCCCAGCAGGAAGUCAUGGCCGCCGCCACGUCCCGCCUGAACGCUCAUCAAAGCGGUCUGCGACUCAUAGGUGGUCGAAGGGACGGCGACGUGGAUCCGCUACUCGACUAUCCUCCUCGGAAGGACGAGUUGGUCCGUCCUCUCCCCGCACGAAGCCUCUUUACGCCUUUCUCGUUCGACAAGAAGGGCCAUACGGUCGACGAGGGCAUGUGGGAGUUGCCGAAGCCUACGUGCAUCCAGGUCGGGAACGCGAAGUCGCUUGUCGAGCCGGUCAAGAACAAGGGAUGGUCGAAGCUCGCCUGGGCGCGCGACAAGCAGUACCUAGCGGCGAGCAAGCCCGGCUCGAGCGUGACUUUUCGCGUUCAAGUCGGUGCGGGCGGGACUAUCCUCGCGGACUGGCUGCACUCGCGCUUCUACGACCUCGGGGACGUUCUCGUUUACCUCGACGGCGACCGUUCUCGCGGCAAGCAGCUCGCCGGCUGGUGGGAUCUCGGCUGGAGCAUCGGCGUCCCGACGGAGGUCUUCAAGGACGUCUCGCCAGGCGACCACGACGUGACGUUCGAGUUGCUGCCGGCCAGCAAGUCGUCUCAUCCUUCGAGCAAGAACGUCAACUUCCGCCUCAUCGGCCUCAUCUCGACCUGA